UGAAACUGAACAAUGGCUGCCCAUAAAUCUGCACAUAUCAAUACAGAUCAUGAAACAAGCGACUCAAAUGCAAAGUGUAGCAAUUCUCUAGUACCAAGUAGUAGUGCUAUUACAUCUAUUGUAGGACCUUCGAAUAGUUUUCCUUGUGAAUCUCAUUCACACUUGGAUAAGGAUUUAAACUCUCAUAAUGUUUCUUGCAUAAAAGAAGUUGGAGACGAGGCACACAGUAUCACAUUCUUUGUAGAUAAUUCAGUAGAAAAUGGAGUUGCUGCUAGUCAGUUGAUGUCCAAUGAUUCAAUAGCUAGAGAAAGCAGUAAUUAUGCAUCCCUAAGAAGAUUAUUUAGUCUAUCGAGUGCUUCAGGAUCUCACUUGGACGAGGAUUUAGAAAAUGAAAUUGUUUCACAGGCAGGAGAUAUUGGAGACAGGACAGUUAACAGAAGAGGUAGUCGAAGAGAGAGUGCACGAUUUUCCAUGGAACAAGGGGUAGUUUUUCCAAUUCCAGAAGAACUAUUGGAUUCUUCUGGCUUCUGGUCCCAUGAGCGUUUCAAGUCAAACACGAUCUUUCCUGUAUCACUGUUGGUGUCAGACAUCAUUACUCCGCCUCCCACCAAUGCUCUCUCGCAUAACAAACAAGAGGAGAAGAAAGAGCUGCCACUGAUUCUUGAUUAUGCUGCCUACCUCAUACAUAUGGCUGUCUUUGGAGUUCUUGGGGUCCUAACCAGGUAUCUACUACAGAAAUUGUUUGGCCCAGGCGAUGUAGGUGUGACAAGUGACCGGAGCAUUCUAUAUCUUGAUCUUCCAUCAAAUAUGGUUGGUUCAUUCUUAAUGGGAUGGUUUGGUGUUGUUUUCAAAGGCAAGAUAUCAAGCGUUUCAGAUCACCUAGCAGUUGGUCUUUCCACUGGCUACCUAGGAAGUCUUACCACAUUUAGUGGUUGGAAUCAGAAAAUGCUCGAUCUUAGUGUCAGUGGCCAUUGGGUUUUUGCUGUGUUGGGCUUCGUUAUAGGAUUGUUCCUUGCUGCUUAUUCUAUUACCUUUGGGAUUGAGACAGCAAAGGGUUUUAGCAGGCUUCUUGAAAGUAUUGAAAAAAGUUCAAGCUCCAGCAAGUUGAGGGUGAAUAGCUUUAAGAGUCACCUACUAGUUUUAUCUUUGUUGAUGCUAGUAUGGGGCGGUUUGUUGACCACAAGUGUGAUCUUGGAGACGAAAGAGUUUAAAGAUGGCGGGAGUGGUGCUCAACUUUGGUUGGGUUGUCUUGUCGGUCCUGUAGGGGUUUGGAUGAGGUGGUGGCUUGCUCUAUUAAAUGGGCGUGGGUUAGGGAAGGCAGGAAGGUGGAAAUGGAUACCAUUUGGGACAUUGGCUGCUAAUGUCUCUGCAGCAUGCUUGAUGGCAGCUCUUGCUACAGUGAAAAAAGCAGUGAAUACGAAGGACUGUAACACAGUUGCCUCGGGCCUACAAUUUGGUCUGAUGGGAUGCUUAAGCACUGUGUCUACUUUCAUGGCUGAAUAUAAUGCAAUGAGAGAGAGCAGUCAUCCCUUCAGAGCAUAUGCAUAUGCAUUGAUCACUAUUGGGAUUUCAUUUGGUUUCGGAACUUUGAUAUACUCUGUACCUGUGUGGACAUUGGGGUACAGUUGACAGCUCGAGAAUAUUCUAGCAUCACUCAGAAUCCAAAAGCUAUAUUCAUAUCUAACUUCAUUGUUCAUCAAUAAGUUCGCAAAUAAAUUUGCUGUUUUCGGAAAAUUGUGUAAAUUUUCAUCUCGGCUGAUGCAUAUACAGUUGUACAGAACCAUUUGUAAAUUGGUAAUGAUAGAAUGUCAGAACUCUGUUUAUCAGUUACAUCUCAUACAGAAAACAUUACACAUGUAUAUUUUUUUUAACGGGGAAAACAUUACACAUAUUGUUU